AUGUACAACGAGGAGAAAUACUACGAUGACGAAUUGAUUGACCUGUCGGAGAUGGGCGAGUCCAUUUUUGGUAAUCCGGAUACUGAAACUACUGGAGUUUUGGUAGACUCCCAAAAUGAGCAGUCGCAACAGAAUCCCGAAGAGCUGGGCACCUACCACGAAGGUGAUAUACUAAUACCACUUAAUUACCGGGACGUCCGCACCGACGACACACGUAAUGGCCUACUAGCGCUGAGCACACGUUGGCCCGGCGGUGUGGUUCCCUACGAAAUCAAAGGAAUAUUCACAACCCAGGAGCUGGGCAACAUACAACAUGCCUUUAAAGAGUAUCACGACAAGACUUGUGUGCGUUUCAAGCCGCGCACAAACGAAAAGGAUUACAUUUCCAUAGUAAACGGUAAAUCUGGAUGCUGGAGCAGCAUUGGACGCCUAGGUGGUCGCCAAGAGGUCAACCUACAGUCACCGAACUGCUUGCGCACAUAUGGCACGCCCAUACACGAACUUAUGCAUGCGCUGGGCUUUCUCCAUGAGCAGAAUCGCUACGAGCGCGAUUCCUACGUGCAGGUGCUGAGCGAGAACGUAAAGCCCGGCAUGUUGGCCAACUUUGAUAAGGGCAGCGCCAGGACACAAUCGGGCUUUGGCGUUGAUUAUGAUUAUGCUAGUGUGAUGCAUUACUCGACCACCAGCUUCAGUAGGAACGGACAGCCGACACUGAAAGCUUUGCGCAGCAAUCCUGAUGCCCGCCAGAUGGGACAACGGCGCGGCUUCUCUUCCAGUGAUGUACGCAAGAUUAAUGCGAUGUACAAAUGCAAACUCUAA